AUGAAGUCCUUCGCCAUUGCUGCCGCCUUUGCUGGUGCCGCUGUCGCCAUGCCCCAGGGUGUUACUCAGUCUAUCUCUCCCAAGACUGGUCCUCCCCAAGGCUGCUCCAACAACUUCGAUGGCCAGUUCAGCAUCUCAAUUGCUAACGUCACCACCACCGCCAAGCGUGACCUCGAGACUCGCCAGGACAAAGUCCUGACCAUCACUCUUAAGGAUGGUACCUUGACUGAUGACCAGGGCCGCACUGGUUACAUUGCCGCCAACAACCAGUUCCAGUUCGACAAGCCCGCCCAGACCGGUGCCAUCUACACCUCUGGCUUCUCCGUCUGCAGCAACGGCACCCUUGCCAUUGGCAACUCCGCCAUCUUCUACCAGUGCUUGAGCGGCGACUUCUACAACCUCUACGACCAGUCCACCGGUGCCCAGUGCUCUCCCAUCUACAUCAACAUCCUCAAGGCUGGCGGUGUUGCCUCCAGCGGUGCUGCCACUCAGAUUGGCGACGGUCAACUCCAGGCUGCCACCUCCACCAAGGCUGUCACUCAAAUCUCUGAUGGUCAGAUCCAGGCCUCCACUGCCGCCGCUCCCGUUACUCAGAUCUCGGACGGCCAGAUCCAGGCAUCUACUGGCAAGCCUGUCACUCAGAUCUCCGAUGGCCAGAUCCAGGCCCCUACCUCGACCGCUGCCCCCGUCACUCAGAUCUCUGACGGUCAGAUCCAGGCUCCCACUGCCACCACCGCUAAGCCCGUCACCCAGAUCUCUGACGGCCAGAUCCAAGCCCCUACCUCUGCUGGCAAGCCCGUCACCCAGAUCUCCGACGGUCAGAUUCAGGCCCCUACUGGCGGUGCCACUCGCCCUUCUAACGGUACUGUCGUUGCUGGCGCUGCCACUGCCUCGAGCCCCGUUGCUUACACUGGUGCUGCUGCCAUGCCCACCUUCGCUGGUGAGAUGCUCAUUGCCGCUGGUGCCUUCGCUGUCGCCUUCCUGUAA